UCAAUAUGCUCCUAUACAAACUCGUAGUACGACUCAUCAUUACACUGAUAAUUUCUCUCGAAUACGGAGGACUCUGCUUGAUACAACUGCAAAGUUUAAUAGUCGAGAUGAUAAAGCAUUGGAAGAAAUUAAAAGAUACGAAGAUUUUACGACAAUUGAUUGGGUUCAAGAUGCUAUCUAUGAGCGAUCGAGAAUGAAUGCAUUACGAAGUGCUGCAAUAGAAAAUAGGUUUUCAUGGAAUACUUGGUUUCGUCUUUCUUACGAAUCAAGUCAAGCUUGGAUCGUCGUGUCAAUAGUUGAAUGGCUUUCAGAUUUAAAAUUUGGUUAUUGCAAGAAUUCUUGGUGGUUAAAUCAAAAGUUUUGUUGUUGGGAGAUUGAGAGGCCAGCUCCUUAUGGGGCAGGUUCCGGUAUUUCUGAAAUAAAAUGUAUUUUAGCUGGGUUCAUCAUGAAAGGAUUUUUGGGUGGUCGUACUUUACUGCUGAAAAGUGUGAGCUUGCCUUUGGCAAUUGGGUCAGGACUAAGUAUCGGAAAAGAAGGUCCCGCGGUGCAUACUGCCGCUUGUGUUGGAAAUGUUGUUUCAAAAAUGUUUGGAAAAUAUACCAGAAACAAAGCCAAAAUGCGUGAAAUUUUGUCCGCCUCAUGCGCGGCUGGUGUUGCUGUCGCUUUUGGUUCUCCGAUUGGUGGUGUCUUGUUUUCAUUCGAAGAAAUGAGCUCAAAUUUUCCUAUGAAAACUAUGUGGCGUAGCUUUUUUUGUGCUUUAGUAGCAACUGCUGUUUUACAGGCCAUGAAUCCUUUUAGAACUGGAAAACUUGUCAUGUUUCAAGUCACUUUUGAUAGAGAAUGGCAUUAUUUUGAAAUUUUCUUUUUUGCAAUAUUGGGUGCAUUUGGAGGUUUAUACGGCACAUUAGUCACAAGAUUCAAUAUUAAGGUUCAAUAUUUUAGGAAAAAGUACUUAAAAGAUUAUGCAGUGACUGAAGCAGUUAUACUUGCUGUAAUUACAGCAAUAUUCGGUUAUCUUAAUAUAUUUAUGAAAUUAGACAUGACUGAAGCUUUGGGAAUCCUUUUUGAGGAAUGUGAAGGGAAGAAACAUUAUGAUUAUGAAGGUCUUUGCAAAAACUCGGAUUUUUCGAAAGGAUCAGAAAUUGUUAGAAUGAUGGUGCUAUUAUUUAUAGCAACCAUUCUUCGAACUUUUUUCAUUAUAAUAUCUUAUGGAGCAAAAGUUCCUGCCGGAAUAUUUAUUCCUUCAAUGGCCGUAGGUGCUACUUUUGGAAGAUUUUUUGGUCUUUUAUUGAAAUCUAUUCAUGCUGCAUAUCCUACAUUUCCAAUGUUUGCAUAUUGUAAACCGGAUGUGCCAUGCGUGACACCCGGAAUGUAUGCAUUUUUGGGUGCUGCUGCUGCUUUAGG